UCAGUCAGUACGCUGCUGUCAGUCUUAGUGUGUGGUGUGGAGACGUCUGGUUCCUGAAAAAGUGAUAGCUAAAAUACCUCGUCUCUUCCUCAGAAGAACCGCCAUGAAGUGUGUGGUAGUUCUGUGCGCGGUGGCGACCUUGUGUCACGGAGCGACCCUGGAGUCUGGCUCCUCGCUGGGGUCCGUGGGCACCGCCCGCAGCUUCAGCUCCGUGGGUGCCGCCCUAGCAGAGUCCGUCGGCCCCGACGGCACCAGGCAGGGCGAGUGUUCCUUCUCCGAUAGCAACGGCCGGCGGUUUAAGGUGCGGUACUCGGCUCGUCCCAACUCAGCGCCCCAGUACGAACUGCUGGAGGGAGGUGGUGGCGUGAGCCCAGAGGCCGCAUUCGAGACCUGCAUCGCUGCCUACAAGCAGAGCCAAGCGAACUCCGCGGCCUUCAUCCCGAGGAUCCCCAACAUCGCUGCCAACAUUGCUGCUGCCUUCAACCCAUUCACCUUUAACCCCUUCGAAUUCCAAGAUGCGCUUGCUGAGUCGACCGCGUUCACCGAUGAAAUGCCAGCGCCGUUCAGAGCUCUGCAGGAGCAAAACCGUGUGCUCCAGGAGAACGUGAGGCGCCUGCAGCAGCAGAACUUGGCCCUGAGUGAGCGCCUUGCCCAGCAGGCCCGAGUCUGAGCCUUGCCGAGGGACCCAAGCAACGUCGGUGGAAAACAUGGCAGAGUUUACUAACGCAGUCGGGAUUUUCUGUCUUUGUUUCAUUGAUACUUUAAGCAGAGUCUAUUGAUCUGCUUCAAUUAUUUUACUAUAUAAUCAAUGUAACCUUUUCGUUCAAUUGAUACAUGCGAACUAACUGGAGUCAAUUUUCUGAAGAUGUGAGCAAUUUUCUGAAGUGAUCAGAAAACGCGGCUGCUUACACUCAAUUACCACCACUUUAAUCCGCAUUCAUUUGUAGUAUUUGUUUGUGAGAAUUUUAUCAGCUGCAUUGUCUGUUUAAUUAGAACAUAGGGGAAUUACUCAAACGACCCACGCUCUUAAGCAAGACAGCACGUUACUCAAAUGGAUCUCCAGCAAAAGUUGCAGUGGUAAUCUCAUCGCACUGCCGCUGCAAAACGAGUUUUGGGUCCCGGGUUGCUCUAAUGUUCCGGGAUGGCAGAACAAAGUGGUUUACUUAAUGUGUAUUGAUUAGGGAGUGUCUUUAAAAGUCGGAUUAUAAACGUCUUCCGUA